AGGGCUCAGAGACUGCCACAGUAACCCAAGAACAGACUUGGUUCCACACCUAACCUACGAGCUUCAUAGUCGGCCUUCCUGAGAAAGAUGUAUAAGGCAGACCUGUCAUCAGAUCCCAAAGAGGUGGCAGCCAUUGAGGCUAGAAGAAAUCGGGAAAAAGAUCGACAAAAUCGAUUCUUCAAUGUGAAAAACCGAGUCAUGGGGGUGGAUGUGGAAGCUUUGAACAAUCAAGUGGAAGAGCACAAGCUUCAAGAGGCAAGAGAACGAAAUAAGGAGGAAGCUUAUGGUACCAAGAAUGUGCACUAUGAUCUGGUAGCCCAGAUGCUAGAGAAGGAGGAGGCAAAACGAGCACGCCGCAUGGCUAAGAAAAUCCAAGAUUUUCGACAGCAGAAGCAGGAAUUCAAAAACAGAUGUGAAUUUAAACUUCAGGAUCCAUUCCAGUUCCAGGGCUGUGUAGCCCAAUACCGGGAGCCUCCAGCUUGUCUCAGUGAUAAUGGUCCCUUCUGUGGCCCAGCCAGCAUGCAUUGCUUCUUGGGGGAAGAUCUAGAUAGGGCCUCAUUCCUGAGAAUGCAACAGCAGCAGUUCAGAUACAACUUGGACAGGCAGCUGCAGGAGCAACAGCAAGUCAGGGCUGAACAGAAAUAUGCAGAUACGCUCAGUGACCAGCUGCAACUAGCCAUGGACACGCAGGCUACCCAGAUGGCCAGGCUGGAAGAGUCUUGUCGUGUUGCCAUGAGGUCUGCCAGAGCCAAUGCCAACAAAGUCCAGGCAGCUAGGCUGGCUGAGCAGCAGCACAAUGAACAUCAGCGUCAACAGGAAGCCAACCUCACAGACAUACAGAAGCAAAGCACCAGUAAUCUCCUGACUGAGAACACCCAGGCUACUCAGCACUCCAUGGCUCCCCACCGAGUCCAGCCCUAUGGCUGGAAGGGUAUGACUCCAGAUCAGAAAGCUGACAUCAAGAGAGCUCAGGAGGCACAGUGCCAUGAGAAGGAGGCACAGCGCCAAGCUGAGCAAGCAUUGGAUGACAAGUGGGCCAGCCAAACUGUAUGCUUGGCCCAAGCAGCACUGGAGCUAGAGGAGCAGGAGAAGGAAUUGUGUGCUGAAUUUCAGAGAGGGCUGGGCUCCUUCAACCAGCAGCUGGCCCAGGAUCAAAAGGCCCAGCAAAAUUAUCUGAAUUCAGUGAUCUACACCAAUCAGCCUACAGCCCAGUAUUAUCUACAGUUCAACACUAGCAGCCGCUGAACUCGAGAAGGUCAUC